AAAGCCAAGCAAAACAGAAAGUUGGAUUCAUGUUGGGAGUUCGUCAGGUCGUGAAAGAACUUGGUAUUAAAGAUGGGUGCCAAAACGGUGAGACUUCUUUGGAUGGUGAUUGGCGUCCUGUUCCUGCUGACUGUUGUAACCUCUAAACCAAUGUCAUUAAACACAGCAGCAGAUGAGUCUGAUUCUGCUGAAGAAUCAGACUCUGAAGAAUCUGCAGUUCAAGAGGUGGAAGAAGCUGAAGAGGUAGAAGAACCAGAGAUUCCAGAGGCUGCUGUGACUGAACCCACUGCCACAGAGGCCCCAAUUAUGGUGGAACCAACCCCCCCGCCAGCCACCGCCGCCUUGCCCGCUGCCGUAGACUCAACUGCUUUACCCUCUGCUGCUCUGGACCUUCAAACCGUGUUGCCUUCUGAUGCUCUGGACCUUCAAACCGUGUUGCCUUCUGAUGCUCUGGACCUUCAAACCGUGUUGCCUUCUGAUGCUCUGGACCUUCAAACCGUGUUGCCUUCUGAUGCUCUGGACCCUCAGACCUCCACAGAUGGAAUGCAGAUGCUCCCUAAACAACCAUCACAAACCCCUCUUGGCGUUGAUGUUUCACAAGGCGUCCCUGAACCUGACCCUGCCCUCAGUGAGCCCAGUGUUCCGGACCAGCUUUCUACAAACAAUGCUAUGGAAGUUGCUACAGAUUUGACACCACAAGCCAACAAUGUGCAACAAGAGGUUCUCCCAACGCUGUCUACUCACAAUGCUAAGAAGGCUUCUCGUAUGGCUGUGGUUAAACCCGUGCCUGUGUAUGUCAAUUCUGGGGUUCCAGUUUGCUUUACGUUUCAGUAUCCGCAGUAUGCAGUGCCACACUACAACCUACCAAGAGGAGACAAUUAUUAAAUGUAAUUCUUUUGUUUUUUUACUGUCAUGCUUUAUGAAUUUGUAUACUUUCAACUUGACAUUGUUGGGCUUAUGUGUAUGGCUUAUUAUUAGUUCUGUAGGCGAGGGGAGUUGAUCAAUAAAGGUGUGUCCAUGCUCUGAACAGGCUUAGUUUGGCCACAGUAGUUGUAACUAAAAUGGAAUAGACUUAAAAAGUAUAGAUCAGCUGUUGAACCUCACUCUUUGUUGUAUCAUUUUUGCACAUUCAUUUUGACUGUUUGCAUGCGCUUUGAUUAAAAUAUGCGUAAUGUAGUAUGUCAUUUUUGCAUCUGAGUAGAUUUAAAAGACAACUUUCUGCACUAGCUGUGGAUAGGCUAUGCAAAAAUAUUUUCCUACCUGAUCUUAUUAAAUCUGCUUGAUUUAAGUGUCAGGGCUUUUUCAAGCAUAUAGAUACUGUGUUACUGUUUUGAAAAUGUUAGUUUGUGUGUCUGAAAUGAACUGAAGUCCCAUUAUUUCAUUGUCAUUUGUGCCCCUUUUCUUUGAUGAAAGAAAAAAUGCAUUAAACAAUCAAAUCUAAUUUUGUGCGGGUAUGUGUUGCCAAAUAAGACAAAUUGAACUGAUAAAACAAUCUCUGUAUGGAAAAGAAAAAAUAAAGUACA